AAAAUUAGUUUUUAGAUUGGUAAAAAACAAUUAAGAAAAAGAAAUUCAAAAUCCAAAAUACAAAAUAAUUACAACCUUUUUUUUUUCUCACUUUUAUUACCAACCUCAUACUUUUUCAAUUUUGAUUAUUGAUUAUAACAAUUUCCAAAAUAUUUUAUCAAAAUUUCUAAAUUUUUUUGCAUAAAAACAUCAUUUUUUUUUAAAAUUGAGCUACCUUUUAAUCAUUAAUUUACAUAAAUAAUGGGGUUAGCAUUUUUUUAAUUUUUUGUUUUUUCUAAAGGUUAAUUAUCAAGAAGGUGAUGACUUGAUUUUGAUCAAGAAUUAGUUCCUGCUGAAUUUUUAUUGGAUUUAAAUUCUAAAGAAUUAAAUCUAAUAAAAAUUCAGUAUUUCUCUUGUUGAAAAAGGACUUUCUUGUGUUGAAGUUUUUGCAACUAAUAAAAGGUAAAAUGGAUCAAUUGAGGCAAAUUGGUGAAGUAGUUGGGAGUUUAAAGGCUCUAAUGGUGUUGAAAAAUGAUAUUGAAAUCAAUCAAAGGCAAUGUUGUUUUCUCUUUGACAUGUUUGUUCAAGCUUUUGAUACCAUUUCUGAAGAAAUCAAACAUAACUUAAGGUUAAAUGAGAUGAAUAUAAAGUGGAAAGCUCUUGAAUUGCCAAUGAAAGAGCUUCAUAGGAUCUUUAAAGAAGGCGAAUUGUACAUAAAAUAUUGUCUUGAUGUUAAAGAUUUGUGGGGGAAAGCUAUAAGUCUUCAUAUGAACAAAGAUUGUGUUGAGUUUCAUGUUCAUAACUUGCUGUGUUGUUUUCCUGUUGUUAUCGAGGCUAUUGAGACUGCUGCAGAAAUUUCCGGGUUCGAUGAGGAGGAAAUGCAGUAUAGGAGAAGCGCGUUGAUGAGGAAGUACGAUAGGGAGUUGAUUGAUCCGAAGUAUUUUCAGUGGAUGUAUGGGAAGCAGUAUUUGGUUACACGCGAAAUGUGUUGCCGGUUGGAGAGUUGUUGGAAAGAGGAUAAAUGGUUGCUCGUCGAGGCGAUAAGGAGAAAGAAAACUGAAACUUUGUUGAAGUAUGAACAAAGGCUUGGUGAGUUCUUGUUAAGGAAGUUAGACGGUGUUGAAUUGGUGAACAAGUUAUUGCUGUUGCCUAGUUCGAUCUUAGUUGGAUCGAGUGAUUAUCAUGUGAAGAGACGGUUAGGUUCGUGGGGUGGACAUGUUAAGGAGAUACAAUGGCUAGGCGAAAAUUUUGCUUUAAGGAACUUUUUCGGAGAGGUUGAGCCAUUACGCGAUGAGAUAUCACUGGUGUUUUCGUUAUCUCAUCCAAACAUUCUGCAAUAUCACUGCGGUUUUUAUGACGAAGAGAGGAAAGAAGGGUACCUUGUUAUGGAGUUGAUGAAUGAUACUCUUGCGACGUAUAUAAAAGAUCAUUCCGGUCAGAGGAAGAGACCGCCUUUUACAACGUCUGCUGCUGUUGAUGUCAUGCUUCAGAUCGCGAAAGGGAUGGAGUAUCUGCAUUCGAGGAAGAUGUAUCACGGUGAGUUGAAUCCGUCUCAUGUGCUUCUUAAAUCGAGGAGUUACUCAUCGGAGAGCUAUUUUCAGAUGAAACUCAAAGGGUUCGGGUUGAGUUCGAUCAGAAGUACUUACAAGACUGCUAGUCAGAAAACAGCUGACUCAAUCAUCUGGUACGCCCCGGAGGUUCUUGCUGAACAGGAAAAGCCAGGAAGCAAAUGUGCCUUCAAGUACACGGAGAAAGCCGAUGUGUAUAGCUUCGGAAUGAUCUGUUUCCAGAUUCUAACGGGGAAAGUUCCGUUUCAUGAAGGACAUUUGCAAGGGGAGAAAGUUGCGCGGAACAUCAGAGCCGGGGAGAGGCCUCUCUUUCCUUAUCCUUCGCCUAAAUACCUUGUGAACUUGACAAGAAGAUGUUGGCAUACCAAUCCAAAUUUUCGGCCGCGCUUCUCCUCUAUUUGCAGGAUUUUACGUUACAUCAAGAAGGUACUUGUUAUAAAUCCCGAACAUGGUCAGCCUGAAACUGCUCCGCCACUUGUUGACUAUUGCGAUAUUGAGUCUGGUUACUCGAAAAAAUUUGUUGAAGAGGAGAGGAGCACGAGUUUAGCCCCGGUAUCACAGGUUCCUUUUCAGAUGUUUGCUUAUCGGCUCAUUGAGAAAGAGAAGAUUUUCGGAAAGAAAUGGGAUCGAGGAUCAAUGCAGAGUGAAUACGGUCAAUUGUCUGCGAUGGAUGAUCUCUUUCUUGCCCCGAGUGAUGGAAGGUCAGUUUGCUCCGAGAUAAUCGACAGGAAAGAUACAAGAUUGUUUGAUCAACGGUCAGCGAUCUCAGAGAUACCACAUAGAAAGUUAUUGUUAUUCGAUCAAAUGUCAGUUGGUUCUGAGAGUCCGGAGACAAGAUUCUCGUCUGUUGCAGCAGCAGCAGAUGAAUCGUUUUUCUUUGCUGAUAGUCCGGACAGGAAAGCAGUAUCGACACCAAUAGUUAAUAGGUCACCACGCGUCGUCACACUGGAGAAAAAGAUUGUAUCUUCGAUGAGCAAGAACCAAAGACGUAGAUUUUUGGAUAACCAGGAAAAUGCAAUGUCUCCGAAAGCAGAUGAAGAAAGACCUUCAUUAAACGUAGCUGCUUCGCAAACUUUAGUAUCUGCACAGACAUCGGAGAACACGAAACCAGCUGAGCAAACUUUAGUAUCUCCACCGAUUUCAGAGAAGAUGAAACCAGCCGAGCAGAAUUUAGCAUCUCCGCGGACUUCAGAGAUGGAGAAAUCACCCGGGCAAAAGGUAGCAUCUCCUCCGAUGUCAGAGAAGAAAAUUUCAUCUUAUGAUAAGAAAUUGACUAGUCCUGAGAUUCAAGAAAAGAAACAUGAACCAGAUGAUCGAAAACUAAUCAAUUCCGAUGCUCCUGUGAAGAAACAUUCACCUGAUGAUCAGAAAUUACGACGCUCCAAGAAUCCAGAUAAGGCGAAGUCAUUAGCUGCCAAUGACAAACCACUUCAUGGCGACCGCGUGCAAAGGAAAAGUUCGAGGACCAGGAGACUAAACCAAAAGUUAACCAAGACUGUUGAGAAGAAGGUUCCUGAAGCUGAAUCCGUGAAUCCCGAGACAUCUGCAUCCAAGCCAAGCAAUCAAAAGAUAGCAGUCAAGAAAGAUUCAUCGCGCAACAAAGUGCACGACACAAAAACUAGCACCGUACCAGAAAAACUGAUUGACGACUCACCAAGAUCUCCACCAGCUAGAGUAAACAGAAUACAUUCAUCGCCAAUGUUUUCUCCAACGCGAACUCCAAAGACACAUUCAAGAUCACCCGCAAUUGCCUCAAAGGGAUACGGAUAUCAUUCCCCAAGUUCAUCACCUUUGAAUCCAUGUUCGCGAUGUGCAAGAUUAAACCGAGAGUGCCAACCUUCAGGGAUGAGCCCACAUAUACACAGGAAAGCUCAUACCUCUCAUUCCGAGAUAGCUUAGUUCUUCAUCUGUUUUAUAAUGCAUGUUUAUACAGUCAAACCUCUCUAUAACAACAUCAUUUGUCCCGAUACCUUUUGGUUGCUAUAGCGAAAACUUGUUAUAGAGAACAUGUAGUAUAAACUGGUACCACAAAACGUGGUUGUUAUAAAGAGAUCUGACUGUACAACAAUAUUCGUUAUGACGAAGAUCAACGGGCCUUUUGGAGUACCCGAUAAGAUGUGUAGUUCCAGGUUAGAGCUAGACCCGGCUGUUCACGGGGGACUUUGUAACAAGAGAAAUAUGAACUAUUCUACAUAUACAGUUUUCCACUUCAAAUUA